AUGGACAACUUUCCACCGGAAGUGCAGCAUAUUUUGGCACCCGCCUCCGGCAUUCUUUCGGCAACGCAACUAACUCAAAUGGCUGAUUGUCUUAUGGAGAUGCACGGCUUUUCCAAGCCGUCAUUUUCAGCUCUCUCAACUCCCUCAACUCAUCUUACGUUUCUCCUUUCACAUUUGGAGAUCGAGCUCAGCAGGCUGGCCGGUUAUAUCCCUUCACACCAGAAGCAGAGAGUCUCCCCCACAUUUCGGAGCCGACCGAAGCCGUCCACCCCGCAUCUCCAGUCUUCACAUUCAGCCCGUCCAAGCGCAGCUGCCAUCUGCAGGUACCACACCACCUUUGGUGUUAAAGCCCGUCGCUGCAUCUCUCCCUGCUCCUUCACCUCCAAGCAGAGCAAACGGGUAAAACCGGUCAGCACGAAGAUCAGUGCAGCCAAUCAUCCCGACCACACUUCCGGCUCUGGUAGCACCUUCUAUGUUUGCGACACUGCGACUCGCAGGCGUUUUCUGGUGGACACUGGAGCCCAAAUUAGCGUUGUUCCCCCAACUGCAGCUGAUCGCCGUUUUCCUAGCACUGGUCUUCAUCUCCAAGCUGUCAAUUGUUCCCCAAUUCCCACUUUUGCCAUUCUGUCCCUCACCCUGAACAUUGGCCUUCGUCGGUCAUUCACUUGA